AUGUCAGCCAUGGAAAAUCAACACGGCGCGUACGGAUCCUUCGGCUCCGCCAACGACCGCGACCUGGUAAAGAAGGUCAACGAAUUCAACGAGAGCAAGAUCGCGCACGAUAAAAACGAGCCGUCAGCGGCGGCGAUAAAAACCGCGACGCCGACCCUCGGCGGCUCCAGCGAUAAUGGAGACGUGCAAGCGGCGGGGAGGCAAGUGUCGGAAAAGGUCGGCGAGAUGGUGAACAAGAACAAAUAG